UAUACCAACGAUCACUGAGCGCACCCAUGUCACGUGCUCGCGCGUCUAUAACCUGUCGAUAUUAUCAACGCCCGUACACCUGGACACCAACCCAAUGAUGGUCUAAAAUUGAAUCAAACCCGAGAUGGCGCGAUUCGGGAUCGCAAAAAUACAUCCCAUCCUUCUGCUAAGUUCUGGGCUUUGCAACUCGACCGCGUCCUGUCGCAUCUCAUGUCCGAACCUCCCACCCCGACACGAACCCCUCACUAAGUCACCGAGCUCCCCUAUCAAACACAUCCAUCAAGAUCCCUCGAUAAGCCACCUCUACCCCUCUCAUCUCCCAGUUCCGUCCGCGGUGCAACAGCGACGCUCAACAGCCUCCGCAACAUGCACUAGCGCGUCUAGGCAGCGUCAUAGACUUCCCUGCACACUUUAGACCGAAUAACGAAAUACCAUCUGCGGAUCGCAACACCGCUCGA